CCUGAGCUGCUUCUGCGCGCCCGGCAGGAGUCUACCAGCCAGCUCGAUCGCCACGAGUCGGCGCGCUGGAGCUUACUGCUGCUUGAUUCCCGAUCCUGUCUCACAUAUAAUCCUCAUGCCCCUCGCCCUCCCGCAGCUUUCCCUUCCCUCCUCCCCUCUCUGUUAAGCCGUUCCUUUCACGCGCUACCACUCCUGCUAGCUUUCCCUCCCGUGAUCAAGCAAGCAAGCGAGAGAGCUCUCUUUCCAUCAUGGCAGUGACCGACUCGCCUCCCAAUGGCGGCAGCGAGGAGAAGAACGUUGGCGUCCCUGCCUACGUCUCCUCUGCUGGCGGCGCCCCCGACUUUACCGACAUUGAGGGUCCUGCGCGUGACGAGGACUGGGCCACUCGCAAUGGCCUCAGCCUCAACUCUUUCAAGAAGCGCUCCUACGGCCACGGCAUCGUCGAGCUCGACCGCUCCAUGAAGCCUCGCCACCUUCACAUGAUCGCCAUUGGUGGCUCCAUUGGUGCCGGCUUCUUUGUCGGCUCUGGCAGUGCUCUUCGCAAGGGCGGCCCUGGUUUCCUCCUCAUCGACUUCAUGAUUAUGGGUAUCAUGAUCUUCAACGUUGCCUUCGCUCUUGGUGAACUCGCUGUCAUGUACCCCGUUACUGGUGGUUUCUACACGUACUCUGCUCGCUUCAUCGACCCCAGCUGGGGUUUUGCCAUGGGCUGGAACUAUGUAUUUCAAUGGCUUAUCGUCGUACCUUUGGAACUCACUGUCUGCGCCAUCUCCAUCGCAUACUGGGACGCCGAAACGAGUCCAGCCGUAUGGAUCACCGUCUUCUGGGUCUUCCUCAUCAUCGUCAACGUCUUUGGAACCCUGGGUUACGCCGAGGAAGAGUUCUGGGCCUCGCUUCUCAAGCUUAGCGCCAUCGUCAUUUUCAUGAUUAUUAGCUUUGUCCUUGUCCUUGGUGGUGGCCCCAAGGAUGGCCGCUAUGGCGAGUACUGGGGCGCACGCUAUUGGUAUGAUCCUGGUGCUUUCGCCAACGGCUUCAAGGGCUUCUGCUCGGUCUUCGUCACUGCCGCCUUCAGUUUCAGUGGUACUGAGCUGGUUGGUCUGGCUGCCGCCGAGACUCCCAACCCUGCCAAGUCGCUGCCCAGUGCCAUCCGUCAGGUCUUCUGGCGUAUUACCCUGUUCUACGUUCUUGGCCUGUUUUUCGUCGGUCUCCUGGUCCCCUACAACGAUGACGCUUUGUUGGGCUCCUCUAGCAACGACCCUGCUGCCUCGCCCUUCGUGCUCAUCGGCAAGUAUGCCGGCCUCAGGGGCUUCGACCACUUCAUGAACGUCAUUAUCCUGGUUUCGGUCGUCUCCAUUGGAGUUUCAGGUGUUUAUGGUGGCUCCAGAACCCUGACCGGUCUUGCCCAGCAGGGUUACGCUCCCAAGAUCUUUACCUACGUCGACAAGAGUGGCCGUCCUUUGGCCUCCGUUGGUGUUCACCUCCUCUUCGGUGCUCUUGCCUACAUGACUCUCUCCGCUGGUGGUGUCGUUGUGUUCAACUGGUUCCUCUCGCUUUCCGGCCUUGCCGCUCUGUUCACCUGGGGCUCCAUCUGCUAUGCCCACAUCCGCUUCCGCCAAGCUUGGGCCUACCACGGCCACACUCUGGAUGAGAUUCCUUUCCAGGCUGUCGGUGGUGUCUACGGCUCAUGGAUGGGCCUCUUCCUCGUUGUUCUCGUCCUUAUCUUCGCACUCUACACUGCCAUCUCUCCUAUUGGCAAGGACCUCAACACUGCCGAGGGUUUCUUCGCCGACUACCUUGCCAUUUUUGUCGUCAUUGUCUUCUGGAUCAUCGGCUAUCUUUGGAAGCGCACUGGCUGGCUCAAGCUGUCGCAGAUCGAUGUCGACACCGGCCGUCGCCAGCUCGAUGUGCAAUUGAUUGCCGACUAUCGUGCCCACGUUGCCGCCAUGCCUACGUGGCGCCGCAUCAUGCACCACCUCUUCUAAGGGGAUGCGCGUCAUCCUUGAGAAGUAUUUCCAAACAUCCGAACAUCUACGUCUACGGAAUGUCAGAUCUCGGAUUUUGCGGCAUUAACAAGUCAACACUUGCAACGCCGCUCAGUUGCCAA